AUGGAGAAAGAGGCGGACGCCGUCACGGAUUCCGACGAGGAGCUCUCCGACGGCGAUUCCGCUCCGGCCGUUAAGCCGAGCCGUCGGCGGACGAGAGAAGACGACGUCGAGCACGUCCCCGACCCCGCAACGGGUGACGCGGAGUUUCUCGGCUCAACGGAGGGCAGAGAGGAGACGGAGGAGCUCUCUGACGGAUUGGAAGGGGAAAGCGCCGACGGUCACCCGAGCUCCCGGGUCACGGAUCGAGAGGAGGACGAAUCCGCGACGGAGCGGCGCGUCAACGGGGAUUCGGGUUGGAAAAGCUUCGGAACGGGCCGGAAGUGCAAACCGAGGAGCGGCGGAUCGUUUUCGGAGCAGAGCAAUCAAAGCCCUUUUUCGUCCCCCUCCUUUCAAAAAGGCGCUUUGGCGUCGGGCGGCAGGCACAAGCAGGCCCGCAGACGCAACCAUCACCACCAUCAGCUGAACCGUGGCCGCAAGCGCUCGGGCAAGCAACUGGUCUUCGCUUUUAAAGAAAUGCUGUCGGAGUCCGUGAGCGUCUGGUGCGUCUCCUGCGUCCACAUGAUGAUUGAAAUUAUCGUCGCCUUAACUCACAAUUGCGGCGUCGGCGUGGAAAGCGCGGGCUCCAAACUUUACCGCUCGGGACGGCGGCUGGUCGGAAAGAUCACAGACGUACCGGGAAUGAAGGCGGACGCCCUUCGGAUUCUCGAAUGGACCAAAUGCGCGGGCGCGGACGCCGCCGACAAAGCGGUCCGGUCGCUCGGGUGGACUAAACGAGCCGCCUUAUCCGCCCUGAGACUUCUUUUUGCCUCGCUCCUGUUCGCGUCCCGGCGGUUGCAAAGUGUCUCCGUCCGGCUCGGCGGAGAGAGGGGGAAACGCUAUUGGACGGCUUUCCGGGAUUGGCCUUUUUGGAGGAGGCUGCCGUUUUUUGCGGAAAGGCUCCGAAAGUGCUUCGGCGGGGACGGCCGCCUCGCGCGCGCCGACUCGCCGGGACGAGCGGCCAGAGGUCCGCCGGGGCGGGAGCUGGAAAGAUUGCUGGCCCUGGCCGAGGUCCCGGAAGAUGAGCUGGACCCGUUCGCCGUCCUCGGCGUGGAGGUUGACGCCACCGAGGCCGAGCUGAAGAAGGCGUACAGACAGCUGGCUGUCCAGGUCCAUCCAGACAAGAAUAAACACCCACGAGCUGGUGAGGCGUUCAAAGUACUGCGGGCGGCCUGGGAUAUUGUUAGUAAUCCAGAAACGCGCAGAGAGUAUGAAUUGAAGCGGAUGGCGGCGACGGAGCUCUCCAAGUCGAUGAACGAGUUCCUGGUGAAAUUGCAGGAUGACCUGAAGGAAGCCAUGAACACCAUGAUGUGUACCAAAUGUGAAGGCAAGCACAAGCGCUUCGAAAUGGAUCGAGAACCGGCAGAGGCCCGCUUUUGCGCCGAAUGCGGUCGUCGCCACGGCGCCGAGGAGGGGGACCUGUGGGCCGAGUCCAGCAUGCUGGGUUUGCGCAUCACCUACUUUGCCUGCAUGGACGGCAAAGUCUACGAUAUCACAGAGUGGGCGGGUUGUCAGAGGAUAGGCAUCUCUCCGGACACUCACCGUGUGCCCUAUCACAUCUCCUUUGGGUCCAAGAACAACAGCAAUGCGGCCAGAAACAGGUCACACUCGGAGCACGGUCCCGGUCCGGCCAACCCGGCAGAUUUGCAGGACUUCUUCAACCGCAUCUUCAAGGGAGCCGCCCCCGGCGACGUGCCGGCCAACGGGGGUUUCUUCCCCUCGGGUCCGCCUCAUCACCCCCCGCCGGGCGCCGGAGCUCCCCCGUUCUCGCCUCCCUCGGGCCAGACGGGUCACUUUACGCCGGGGUCCCAGCGGCCCGAGCCCGGCGAGCCGUGGGCCGAGGGCGGAAAACCCCCGCCUCGGAGGAAGAAGAAGGUCCGCAAGCCCUUCCAGAGGUGA